AUGGAAAUAGUUUCAAGCAGACAUCAGAAGAAGAGCCACAAGAGUAUAAUGGAAAUAGUUUCAAGCAGACAUCAGAAAAAGAGCCAAGAGUAUAAUGGAAAUAGUUUCAAGCAGGCAUCUGAAGAAGAGCCACAAGAGUAUAAUGGAAAUAGUUUCAAGCAUGCAUCAGAAGAAGAGCCACAAGAGUAUAAUGGAAAUAGUUUCAAGCAGACAUCAGAAGAAGAGCCACAAGAGUAUAAUGGAAAUAGUUUCAAGCAGGCAUCAGAAGAAGAGCCACAAGAGUAUAAUGGAAAUAGUUUCAAGCAGACAUCAGAAGAAGAGCCACAAGAGUAUAAUGGAAAUAGUUUCAAGCAGGCAUCAGAAGAAGAGCAACAAGAGUAUAAUGGAAAUAGUUUCAAGCAGACAUCAGAAGAAGAGCCACAAGAGUAUAAUGGAAAUAGUUUCAAGCAGGCAUCAGAAGUAGAGCCACAAGAGUAUAAUGGAAAUAGUUUCAAGCAGACAUCAGAAGAAGAGCCAAGAGUAUAA